UUUUGUAAUAAAAAAUUAGGCAUUUUUUGAUUUAUCGUCAGAAGCAGCCUACAUGUCCCUUUGCGGAACACCCACCCAUUCUCUAUCCAUUCAUUUUUCUAACUCAAGAGAGAAAGAGAGAAGCUGAAGAAGUUGACGAAGAAUCGGCUCUGUAUCUGUGUGUGUUUGUCUUGAAAGUUUCAGGAUUCCACUUGAGAAGAUAGUUCAGAAGAUCUUGUCUUAUACGAAAUUAAAAUUUGGUAAAGAAGAUGGGUUACAUGUGUGACUUCUGUGGUGAACAAAGAUCAAUGGUGUACUGCCGAUCAGAUUCAGCCUGUCUCUGCCUCUCCUGUGACCGUAGUGUUCAUUCAGCAAACGCAUUAUCCAAACGACAUUCUAGGACACUUGUCUGCGAGAGAUGCAAUGCACAGCCUGCAACAGUUAGGUGUGUUGAAGAGAGAGUCUCACUCUGUCAAAACUGUGAUUGGUCAGGCCACAACAACAACAAAACUUUAUCUUCAAAUAAUCACCAGAGGCAAAGUAUAAGCUGCUAUUCAGGUUGCCCUUCAAGCUCAGAGCUCGCCUCUAUCUGGUCUUUUUGUUCAGACUUAGCAGGAGAAUCCGCUUGUGAACAAGAAAUGGGUAUGCUGAAUAUAGACGAUGAUGGUCAGACCAAACAAAACUGUAAUGAGGAUAAGAAAGAUGAAACCAGUUCUGCAGCACAAGCAACAAAUGCAUCAUUUGCUAAGGAUGUUGGAGUGUGUGAAGAUGACUUUUAUGGAAACUUGGGUAUGGAUGAAGUUGACUUGGCUCUUGAUAACUACGAAGAGCUCUUUGGAACAGCCUUUAACACCUCGGUACAUCUCUUUGGACAAGGUGGAGUCGAUAGUAUUUUCCAGAAACAUCACCAAGCAGCUCCUCCUGAGGGAGGGAAUCUGGUGCAGCCAGCUGAGAGUAAUGAUGACUCGUUCAUGAGUUCUAAAACGGAGCCAAUCAUUUGCUACACGUCUAAGCCAGCACAUUCAAACAUAUCUUUCUCUGGAGUCACCGGAGAAAGCAGUGCUGGAGAUUUUCAAGAAUGUGGUGCAUCAUCUUCCGUGCAGCUCACGGGUGAGCCACCAUGGCAUCCUCAAACAUCACAGUCAGUAACCCGUAAUAACGCGGUUAUGCGUUACAAGGAAAAGAAGAAGGCUCGCAAGUUUGAUAAGAGAGUGAGGUAUGCUUCUCGGAAAGCAAGAGCUGAUGUGAGAAGGCGUGUAAAGGGGAGAUUUGUUAAAGCUGGUGAGGCUUAUGACUACGACCCACUCACCCCAACCAGAAGCUAUUGAGUGGAUUCUUCUCCUUGAGAGGUAAACAAUGUUAGAUAAACAUGGCGGAAAAUCGAAACAAGAAAGGUUUUUGACUUAUGGAGAGAGAGUUCUCAAGUCAGAAACAGGACUGGUCUCUGGUUUGAGAAGUUACUAAGCUGAUGAUUAGUGUAAGUAAUCAUUCAUUCUUGGGAUUUAAUCGGUUUUUUUUUGCCUCAAAAGCUUCAAUUUCCAUGAGUUUUGUUCUCUUGGUAGUAAAAAGUCUGGGAGAUUUAAGGUAAGAUUACAAAUAUGAUUGUAUAUGACUUUCUUUCAAUUUGUAUGUAUGCUCAUAAAUGAUCUCUCUGUUAUUUGCUCUA